GCCUCUCGAAAGACAUGGCCGGCGGUGGGCGUCCCUCGCUCCGCGUGCUGGUGGACAUGGAUGGGGUCUUGAGCGACUUCGAGGGCGGGCUGCUCCGCGAUUUUGUCGCUUCCUACCCCGAGGAACCUCGCGUGGAACUGGCGCAACGAAAGGGCUUUUUAGCGCUGGAUCAAUACCGGCGCCUGCGGGAAGACCUAGGGGAGAAAAUAGCCAGUGUCUAUGAGUCACCCGGCUUCUUUCUGAGUCUGCAGCCCAUCCCAGGAGCUAUUGAAGCGAUGCACGAGAUGAAUCAAAUGCCCAACACUGACGUUUUUAUUUGCACAAGUCCUAUACGGAAAUAUGAAUACUGCGUUUUGGAAAAGUACAGAUGGGUUGCGCAGCACUUAGGCCCUAACUUUGUGGGGCGAAUAAUUCUGACUAGAGAUAAAACAGUUGUUUCAGCUGAUCUGCUUAUUGAUGACAAGGACACCAUUAAAGGGGUAGAGCCAAAUCCAAGCUGGGAACACAUCUUGUUCUCUUGCUGUCACAACAAACAUCUAAAGCUACAGCCACCACGGAGGAGACUUGAAUCUUGGACUGAUGACUGGAAGGCGAUACUGGAGAGUAAACGCUCCAAGUGAAGCAUAAAGAAAAGAACAUUUAUUUCAGCUACCAUCAAAGGCUUUGGGAAGUAUUUGCUGAUCACCAAUCCCAACUGGAAACAGAAACAGGUUCUUCAAGUCAAAUGAUCCAUAUGGGAAUAGGAUUAUAUCUAAUUCUAAAUGUGCUUGAAUGAUUUGACUUAUUAAACAUUUUAAUGGAAUGUUUGUUAUGCUUGCCAAUUAAUUAAAUGAACAAAAGAGCUCUGAAAAUGUAAGACAGUUUUUGACUCAUUAUCUUUCCCCCCGCUACUUACUGAAAAAUAAACUUAAGUCAUACAAUGUAUGUAUGUAUGUAUGUAUGUAUGUAUGUAUGUAUGUAUGUAUGUAUGUAUUCUCCCAGCUGUCUUCUACAAACAGUCUAGAAUAGUUAUCAAGGCCCUUUAGCAACUGGUUUAUAGCAACUGGUUCAUAUUUCUAAAUAACCUGAAAAUGAAUUGAAAAGCACAUCAGAACGUGAAAGGAACCCAUCUGAAAAUCCACCGUAUGCCUCCCAAGGAAACUCUCAGGACUAUUUACAGUCAUUUUUAAAGCAGAAUACCUGUAGCGAGUUCUUUCUCUUUUCCUCUGAGA